CGGACAGAGACAGGACGUCGCCGAUGGCUUCGUGAAACCCGGGGUUGGCCCCGCCGCGGAAGCCCACGGGUUGGUCCUUGUACUGGAGGCUCAACACUUUUGAGGCGCAAGACACGUGACCCUGCUGGCUUUGGCAUGGCGGGGGGGGCGCCUGCAUCUCCACCUGUUCUCCAAGACUGGAUGCGACACAGAAUUCCUGCUGUGACAGCUGUAUCAGCACAGACAUCACAAUAAAAGCCUCAGACCGGGCAGCAUCAGCAUCCGGAGGCCAAUCCGAGAACGGGGAGAUAAGAUACGAUCCAGCAGCUGAGCCGAGAAGAGACUUGUCACCACCUCGCGGACCGGCACGAGGAGGGACACGGCAUACUUUGCUCUCUGGCUGAAGCUUUUGCAAUGCGUGCGCACUUUCAGUGGUGGCGGAUGUGUGCUGACUCCUACUUAACAUCGGUUUGAAUGUUAAAAAUACUCCCCCAGGGGAAAAAAAGUAAGUUCAGGUAAGUCAUUGAAAAGCCCUCAAUGAAUACGCGAAGACAUUUGUCGGUAGCACUGCAACAGCAUCUCGUUAUUUUAUCACUUGUGGUCAAAAGUGUGCCUUGUUAUGAGAUUCGAUUCAACCAAAGCGUUGAGCAUCUGACGCAUUUAUAUGUUGUCGUUCCCUUUUACUCAAAGUUCACAUCAAUGUGUUUACACACCUGUGGUUGUGGUUCCGCGCCAACCAAAUGUUUUUGCACUUUGUCACAUGGCUCAAUACGGACUCAAAUAGUCAGUUGAUAAGCUCACGCACGGGAAUCUCUUUUCCUAACGGGCCGAUGGUUUUCCCAUUCGUGGGAUUUAUUUAUUUAUUUUUAGAUGCAGAGCGUUGCUGUCUCAACUCCAGUGGAAUCUCGCUGAUUUUUUUUGAACUGUGUAGGGUAACUGGCCAACCGCCCACAGGGACACUCACUUGGUGCUAUUACGCUGUAAUUGGUCGACUUCCAACUGUUCCUACAGCAUUUCCUGAAAAACAUGAAGCGGUUUGACUCUGUUGUUCCACUUGUCAAGUGGCACUGCUCCCCUCACACUGGCUACUUUUUAGGAACCAGAAAUCAAAUUGAAGUGAAACCAUAAUCACCAUAUGAAAUAAUAAAAGGGGAAAUGGAAUCUUUAACCUGAGAAAGGAGCCUUAAGAAUUGAUUGAUCAUCAUCAUGAACACAACAAAUAAUAAUGUUGAGUACAGUGUACAUAAGGAGUCACCAACCAUUUUUAAAAGUGAGGGCUACUUCUUUGGCACCAAGUAAUGCAAACUGCUGCUCUCUUGAUACGCACUUCUGAACUAACAAAUUUGCUCAGUUCAGCUUUGGCGAUGGCCCGGUCAACGACAUUCCUGCCAAAUCGCUAUUAUUAGUGGUAUGGGCGCCCUCUGGUGGUCCGAAUGUGCAGCUACGGAGCCAUAUUUGUGGAUCGGAAUACGCAUUUGUUAUCGUUUUAGUGACAAUAAUUGCCCCAUAAACGUCUUUGCGAACUUUGAAAAAAAAAACCCUAAUGAACAAGAAAGAAUCGCUUCGUCCGCACACUCUUGCACACCGUUGCUCACUGAAAUAUGGUCUGAACAUUUAUUGGCGUCAUUGAUCAUGUUUGUCCACUAGAAGGAGGUAUAAACCCAAAAACCAGGCGUGUGACUUUUGGCAUGAUGCUUUUUGGAUCAAAAAUAUGAGUUGGUAAUUUGAGUUACUUUUAAAUGUCUUACUUAUUUUUUGUAGAUGCUUUUAAGUGUUGUUUAUGUUAACGACGUUCAGUUAACUUGUGGAUGAAAUGUGCUGUCCGCAUUAUGGUGCAUUGCCUUUCCAAAAGUAAUAUCCAAUUGCCAAAAGAGACACGAACUCCCCGCCCUCCUCGCCAAUGGUGCAACGCCUCUGUUAGAACCCAGCACACAACCCUCCUCCUUCAAGUACCAACAUGAAGUAGUGUGCAGUCAAGGAUUUUUUAAAGCAUUUUUAAAGAGCAAUGGCGGAAGCUAAAAACAUUUCUCAGAUUAUUUCUCAGAUCUUCGAAGAGGCGCCAACGGCCAGGAAGAACCUGAUUGAAAACCACAGCAACCUGCAGCAAGUUGCAGACUACUGCGAAAACAACUACCUGCAGGCAGAUGAGCCAACAAAAGCUCUUGAGGAGGCCAAAGCUUUGGCCACUCAGGCGUUGGCCAGCGUCACCUAUCAAAUCAACAGCGUGGCCACUCUGCUGCUCCGACUGCUUGACUCUCAAGCCAUUCAGAUCAAGAAAAUUGAGUCCUCCGUCAACCUCAUGUCACUAGCAGCUUCUAUCCACUACGAGAAGGUAGCCAGGAGAGAGAUCAGCAUCUUCACGACAUCUAAAAACAACACGCGCGCCAAGCUUGUGGCUCCGCCCGCUUCGGGCAAGGAGCUGGAGAGAAGCUAUCCACGAGUACCCAUAUCGUACUCCAGCUUGGACGCCAUUGGACACUGUUUCCAGGUCUCACAGGAGCCCCCCAGAAACAGGACAGGGACCACCGACAGCACGGAAAGCAAUGCAGAUGCUCCUGUCUCCAACCAAGGCAUCGCUGUGCCGAUGCCAUCGGUCCCCACCUUGCCUGCUGACGCCAACUUCACUGAUGACCUCCCUCCUCCUCCACCUCAAGCUACAAUCGACAACCUUUCAUCUGCUCCUCCUCCUCCACCACCACCACCACCACCACCUCCUCCUCCUCCUACCAUGAUGGACAUUGGCCUGCCCCCUCCACCUUGCUUGACCUCACCAACAUGUCCGCCACCACCUCCUCUGCCUCCACCAAGCAACCUCACCUCACCCGUUUCACUUCCCCCUCCACCACCUCUACCUGCAGGAACUGCUCCUCUUCCUUCACCACCCCCUCCACCUCAUUUUGUAGGUGGUCCCCCACUUCCUCCUCCACCUCCUCCUGUCGCAGGAGCUGCCCCACCUCCUCCUCCAUCGUUGCCUCCACCUGUAGUGACAGCUGCUACUCUUCCUCCGCCUCCUCCACCG